CCGGCGCCGUGCCACCAAAGGGAUGCAUUUAUCGCAUGUCCGAGGAGGAGCUCACGGUUCUCCGUGCGCAACUCGACGAUCAACUUGACAAGGGUCGGAUCCGCCCUAGCAGCUCACCUUACGGUGCGCAUGUUCUGUUCGUUCGGAAGAAGAACAAGGACCUUCGACUUUGCAUUGACUACCGACGCCUCAACGCGCAAACCAUCAAGAACGCGGGGCCUCUACCUCGCAUUGACGAUUUGCUUGAGCGGUUGGGCGGCGCCAAGUACUUUUCGAAGUUGGACCUCAAAUCGGGCUAUCAUCAGAUUUCCAUCCGCCCGCAAGAUCGGUACAAAACCGUGUUUAAGACGCGAUAUGGGCAUUUUGAGUGGGUAGUUAUGCCUUUUGGCCUCACCAAUGCCCCGGCCACCUUUCAGGCGGCCAUGACCACCGAGUUUCACGCUAUGUUGGACCGCUUCGUCUUGGUCUACUUAGACGACAUCCUCGUCUAUAGCCGAACUCUAGAGGAGCAUCUCGAGCACCUUCGCCGUGUUCUAGAGACUCUUCGGUCAGCCCGGUACAAAGCUAACCGCGACAAAUGCGAGUUUGACCGGCAAGAGCUUGAAUACUUGGGCCAUUUUGUCUCUCCGGAAGGUAUUCGUCCGUUGGCAGACAAGAUUCAAGCCAUCCAGGAGUGGCCCGAGCCGAAGAAUGUGACGGACGUCCGAUCCUUCCUCGGCUUGGCCGGUUAUUAUCAGCGCUUCAUCAAGRGUUACUCGAAGAUCGCGGCCAACCUAAGCAAGUUGCAAAGCGAGGAGCGGCCUUUUGACUUCGACGACGAUGCGCGCCAUUCUUUUGAAACACUCAAAGCGGCACUCUUAUCAGCUGAGGUGUUACAUAUCUACGACCCGCUUCUAGCUACGCGCGUCACUACCGAUGCGUCGGGCUAUGGCAUUGGGGCCGUCCUUGAGCAGCACGAUGGCACGGACUGGCACCCGGUGGAGUACUUUAGCAAGAAAGUACCUCCCGUGCAUUCGAUCGACGACGCACGGAAGAAGGAGCUUCUUGCCUUCGUCCACGCCCUCAAGCGUUGGCGACAUUUCCUCCUUGGUCGGAAAGCAUUCCGAUGGGUAACGGAUAACAAUCYGUUGGUAUUCUACAAGUCRCAAGAMACGAUUAACAAUACCAUUGCCCGUUGGAUGGCUUUCAUCGACCAGUUUGACUUUUUCCCCGAUCACAUUCCCGGGAAGUCAAACCGUUUUGCGGACGCCCUCUCACGGCGACCGGAUCUUUGCACCGCAGUCUACUCUACCUCCGAGAUCAACGACGACUUGCGGGAGAGCUUCAUCCGCGGCUAUCAAGCCGACCCCCACUUCCGCGACAAGUACGCAAAUUGCUCCUCUCCGAAUCCGGUGCCUUCGCAUUAUCGGAUCCAAGAGGGCUACUUGCUGGUGCAUUCACGGGGUAAGGAUCUUCUUUGUGUGCCGAGUGAUUCACACUUGCGCACACGGCUUCUUGGCGAGUUUCACGAUGCGCCCGCCUCCGGACAUUUUGGUGUCAACCGUACACUUGGCCGACUUCGCCAGCGGUUCUAUUGGCCCGACCUUCUUAAGGACGCCACCCGCUAUUGUGAGUCGUGCGAAGUCUGUCGGCGUUGCAAGUCACGCAACCACCGUCCGUUCGGCGAGCUACACCCACUAUCAGUGCCCCUUGGGCGACGGGAAGCAAUUGCUAUGGAUAUCAUCGGCCCCUUCCCGAAGCACAAGACCCACGUUGAUGGGAUCCUCACGGUCGUCGACCGCCUCACCAAGUACGCCAUGUUUUUGCCUUGCCGCUAUCACGCAAAGGCACCGGAGUUAGCCGAGGUCUUAUACACCGGUUGGAUUCGCUCCAAGGGCUACCCCAAGGAGAUCGUUUGCGACCGGGACACUUGCUUUCUCUCCGACUUUUGGGUCGCCCUCGUCAAGCGAUGGGGCUCAUCUUUGAAGCCGAGUUCGGCUCGCCACCCGCAAACCGAUGGUCAAACGGAAAGGGCGCAUCACACCGCUCAAGUCCUUCUACGCACUCUCAUCCGUCCCGACCAGGUUGAUUGGGUUGAGCGCUUGCCAGACGUUGAGUUGGCUUACAACUCAUCGAUCCAUCCGGCUAUCGGGAUGUCGCCAUUCGAGUUUGAGCAUGGUUCACCCAUCUCAUCGCCGUUGGACGCCACUUUGUCGCGCACAGUCGAGAGCGACAACCAUCUUGCGUUCCUUCGUCGCAUGCAAGAGCUUCUUGUCAAGGCACGGGUUCAGAUGUCGAAGACGCAAAUACGGAUGAGCCGUCAAGCCAACCGCAAUCGCCUUCCUUGCCCGUUCCGCGCUGGCGAUCUGGUUUGGGUCUCCGCCGCGGAGUUCAGCCUUGAGCAAGACAUCUCUCGCAAGCUCCUUCCCAAGUGGAUGGGGCCUUGGCGCAUUCUCUCUGCAGUUGGUGAUGAUCCCGAGGGGCCUUCAUUCCGCAUCGCGGUGCCACCUCACUUGCCCGUCCACACGGUGUUCCACUGUUCCAAACUCGCUCCUUUUGUUUCAGCGGAGUCCGACGAGUUUCCCGGUCAACGUACGCAAGACCCUCCUUCCAUGGACGGAUUUCAGGAGGCCGGCUAUAUCAUCACCGACCGGCGCCAUGGCAACAAAGAAACAGAGUUUCUACUUCACUUUUCCUACUGCAGCCACAAGGCUGAACGUUGGCUGACGCGUUCGGAACUGCAGGCCACAGCUCCCGCCGUUCUCUCACGUUAUCUUAGCAAAGGGAAGACUACGCCGAGCACUCCAGCUCCUCGCCUUCCUCGCUACAUUCCGCCAUCGGAUCGGCAGCUUCGCCCGCGCCCCGGCUCGUCUUCAUAAGGAGGGGGGCGUGUUACAUGCUGAAAGCCUACACACGGGCCCCUCACGGGACCCGAGGUUGGAAUAGGGCCCCCAGGUCGC